AUGGUAUUUAAAUCAGAAAAGUCUCCUUCUAAAAGUUCAAGUAAAGGAUUACAAUUAUCUCCAUUAGUGGCAGAGGAAUUUCAUUUUGUCGUUCCUCCCGAAGCUCCUGUAUACACUCCACAAAGCAGUGAGUUUGAUGAUCCUUUAGCAUAUAUUGCUAAGAUCAGACCUGAAGCAGAAAAGUAUGGAAUAUGUAAAAUUAAACCUCCUUCAGAUUGGCAGCCACCAUUUGCUGUCGAUGUAGACAGAUUCAAAUUUACUCCUAGAAUUCAAAGAUUAAAUGAAUUAGAAGCCAAGACGAGAAUUAAACUAAAUUUCUUAGACCAGAUAGCUAAAUUUUGGGAGCUUCAGGGUAGCUCAUUGAAAAUUCCCAUGGUCGAAAGAAGAGCUUUAGAUUUAUAUGCUCUUCAUAGAUUUGUCGAAGAAGAAGGUAGUGCUUUAAAACAUCUUUACGAAAGGAUUUUGCAUCCUUUUGAUAUAUUCAAGCAGGGCAAAGCUGUUUCACAAAUUAAAGCGGAAACCGAUGACAGUUUGGAUUGUGAUAGCAGUGUAUCAGAUUCUAAAAAAAAGGAAAAAGAUUAUAAACCCCACGGAAUUGUAUCUAGACAAGCUAUCAAACCUCCCACAGAAAAGUAUGCUAGAAGAUCUAAAAGAUGUUUUCAGAAUAAAUCUAAACAGGUAGAAUGUUCUGAAAGUAAGGCGAAAUGUAAGAAAAAAGAAAUAAAAACAAAUACUAGUUAUGAGUAUGAUCCAUUAGCCAAGUAUAUUUGUCACAAUUGCGAAAGAGGUGAUGCCGAAGAAAAUAUGUUAUUAUGCGACGGUUGUGAUGAUUCUUAUCAUACUUUUUGUCUACUUCCACCUCUAACUGAAAUUCCCAAAGGUGAUUGGAGAUGCCCUAAAUGCGUUGCUGCUGAGGUUUCCAAACCAAUGGAAGCGUUUGGAUUUGAACAGGCGAGACGGGAGUACACUUUGCAACAAUUCGGAGAAAUGGCCGAUCAGUUUAAAUCAGAUUACUUUAACAUGCCUGUUCACAUGGUUCCAUCUUCUUUGAUUGAAAAAGAAUUUUGGAGAAUCGUCAGUUCUAUAGAUGAAGAUGUUACGGUCGAAUAUGGAGCUGAUUUGCACACCAUGGAUCACGGAUCUGGUUUUCCCACGAAAAUUAGUGUUGAAGAAAUGGCUACGUGUGAAAUAGAAUAUGCGAAAUCGAAAUGGAAUUUGAACAAUUUACCCUGUCUCGAAAGUUCUGUUUUAGGACAUAUUAAUGCCGACAUUUCAGGUAUGAAAGUUCCGUGGAUGUACGUGGGUAUGUGUUUCGCAACAUUUUGUUGGCAUAAUGAAGAUCACUGGUCGUACUCGAUAAAUUAUUUACAUUGGGGCGAGGCCAAAACCUGGUACGGUGUUCCCGGCGGGAAAGCAGAAGAUUUCGAGUUAUCAAUGAAAAAAGCGGCACCUGAAUUAUUUCAAAGUCAGCCGGACUUACUUCAUCAACUUGUUACCAUAAUGAAUCCCAACAUAUUGAUGGACGCCGGAGUUCCAGUUUACAGAACCGAUCAAGAAGCUGGAGAAUUCGUAAUAACUUUUCCACGUGCUUAUCACGCUGGAUUUAAUCAAGGGUACAAUUUUGCGGAGGCUGUAAAUUUUGCUCCAGCUGAUUGGUUGCAAAAAGGCAGAGAAUGCGUUGAUCAUUAUUCCAUGUUGCGAAGGUAUUGCGUUUUUUCGCACGAUGAACUAAUAUGCAAAAUGGCAAGUUGUCCAAACAGUCUGGAUUUGACCGUCGCAACGGCAACAUUUCAAGAUAUGACAAUUAUGGUCCAAACAGAAAAAAAAUUACGAAAAAGCUUGUUGGAAUGGGGAGUGACUGAAUCAGAACGGGAAGCUUUUGAAUUACUUCCAGACGAUGAACGUCAAUGUGAAAUUUGUAAAACUACAUGCUUUUUUAGCUGCAAUAAUGAACAAUUAGUUUGUUUACGACAUUCAACUGAAUUAUGUAAAUGCCCUCCUGAAAGUCAUACUUUACGAUACAGAUACACUCUGGAUGAAUUACCAGACAUGUUGGAAAAACUAAAAUUAAGAGUGGAAUGUUAUGAUAUUUGGUGUGAUAAUGUUACCAAUGCAUUAGACAAAACUAAAGAAAAAACUUUGACUUUUUCGGAAUUGAAAUCAUUAUUAAGUACGGCAUACGAUAAAAAAUUUCCAACUACGGAUUUAUUGACGAAUUUAAAAGUUGCCGUUGAAGAAGCCGAAAAAUGCGCAACCGUAGCCCAACAAUUAGCCAACAAAAAACUAAGAACGCGAACAAGGCAAACUGCUGAAUCAAAAUAUAAGCUAACAAUGGAAGAAUUAACAUUGUUUUACGAAGAAAUUGAAAAUUUAUGUUGCGUUUUAAAAGAAACGGAAACGAUUAAAGAAUUAUUAGAAAAAGUUAAAGAUUUUCAAAACGAGGCUAAAAAACUAUUAGAUUUAGAAUCGGCCGAUUCUGCCGCUUUGGAAAAAUGCAUAGAUGCGGGAAUAAUGCUCGAUGUCGAAUUGCCGGAAUUAGUCGUACUAAAACAUAAUCUUCAAAGAAUUACUUGGCUCGAAGAAGUAGCUGAUACCAAAGAAGAUGAAGACGAGGUGACGCUUGACGUUUUAAGAAGUUUAUUGGAUGCUGGAGUUGAAUUGCCUCCUCACCCGUUGGUAGAAAAAGAAAUGGCUUGUUUACAACAACUUUUAAUGAAUGUUGAAAAAUGGGAAGAGAAAGCUAAAGAAUACCUGAGUUCAAAGCAAAGGCAACCAAUAUCCGCUCUUGAAAAACUGAUCAGCGAAGGAGAAGAAUUGCCCGCCUAUUUACCCAGCGAAGGAAGUUUACGGGAUGCUUUAAAGAAAGCUAAAGAUUGGAUAGUUAAAGUCGAAGCUAUUGAAAAUGCACCCGAUUUUCCUUACUUGGAUACUUUGGAAAAUUUAGUGAAUAAAGGAAAAAAUAUUCCCGUUAAAUUGGAAGUCAUGUCCGUAUUCGAAUCGAAAUUAGAAAAUGCCAAAUCGUGGAAAGAAAGAACUGCUCGAACUUUUUUGCGUAAAAACUCUAGAUACACGUUGAUGGAAGCUCUGAGUCCCAGAACCGAAUUCGGGAUAAACGUUUUAAAAAUGAAAAAGAAAAAACCAAACGAUGACAAUUCGUAUUCAGCUCCAAUCGUCUUUGAUGUGAAAUUGGAAGGAACCGUUAGUCCAGUCGCCGUGGUUGCUGCUUUUAAGCAUGCCGAAAGGCAAGAAAUGACUUCAAUGCGUGAUCUUCGUUUGCAAAAUUUAAGAAAGCGAGCCAACGACAAGGGUGACAUUAAAUAUUGCAUAUGCAGAAGAGGAGCAACUGGUUUCAUGCUGCAGUGUGAAUUAUGCAAGGAUUGGUUUCAUGCAGCUUGCGUUCCAUUGCCCAAACACACGGGAGCUAAAUCUAAACAAAGUCCUGCCCAACAAUUGGCCGCAGCUGCGACUCGAGAAGUUAAAUUUCUUUGUCCCUGCUGUUUAAGAUCCAGAAGGCCAAGGCUGGAAACGAUAUUAUCUCUCUUAGUCUCACUACAAAAACUCGAAGUUCGUUUACCCGAGGGUGAAGCGCUUCAAUGUCUUACCGAAAGAGCAAUGAACUGGCAAGAUAGAGCAAGAACGUCUUUAGCCACGGAUGAAAUAGCAAACGCAUUAGCAAAAUUGUCUGUGCUCAGUCAGAAAUUGGUUGAAGCUGCAGCACGGGAAAAGACUGAAAAGAUAAUUACUAGUGAAUUGAAAAAAGCAGCCGGAAAUACAGAGUUACACAGGCGAGUUCGUGCCAUUUCCGGCGUGACAUCCAACGAGGAUUCUCCACAAUCUCAAACAAACAAUUCAACAGCCUCCGGAUGGCUUAGUCAAAAUAACGACGAUCAUUCUCAAAAUGGUUUCAAUCAAGAUCACGUGCAAGAAAGUUUCUCGGACAAAAAUGACGAUUCUGCUUCGGCGCAAGCUUACUUUUCUGGAAAUUCGGAGCAUGCCUACAGCACGGCGAGUAAAACUCCUCUAGUGAAACAAAAUAAACAACCUCCUCUUGUUUUAAGUGAAAUAGCAAGGGCGGAAUUAGAAGAAUUAAUGUUGGAAGGUGAUUUGUUGGAAGUUUCAUUAGAUGAAACCGUUCACAUUUGGCGAAUUCUUCAAGCUACGAAACCAAAACCGGAAAAAGAAAAAUAUCCGGCGAUAGAACAACUCGAAUCGGAAUUGAUCGCUAGCAAAAUAGAAAAGGAUCGCGUCAAAGCGAAACAACGUGCCAGGCAUGUUUUUUUUUUUUUAACCGCGAAAAGAAGGACGGAAGAACACGAAACGACGCCUACGAGCAUAAAGGGUAAAAAGUACAAAUUGAAACAAUCGCAUUCGAAUUCGCCACCCGUGUAUAACGAUUUGUCAAAAGUCAACGUCGCAUCCAUUUCUCAAGGAAGUAAAAAAUUUGGGAAAAAGAAUUUUAAAGACGUGAAUAAAAAAUUUAAAACGGGGAAAAAAAUCAAAAGGAAAUUACAGGAAAAUGAAAAUAAAGUUUUGACGAAGAAAAAGAAAAAAAUUGAAAAGGAUUCGAGUACGGAUUCGGAUUCGGACGAAAAUUGCGCUGCCAAAAAAUGUUUAAAACCUAUCGGAAAAGAAGUUGAUUGGGUUCAGUGCGACGGAGGCUGUGAAAAGUGGUAUCAUUUUAAAUGUUUAGGAAUCGAUAAAAAAGAUAUACGGGAAGACGAGGAUUUUAUCUGUGAUGGUUGUCAAAAAUUAAAUGUUAAAAAAGGAUCGCGACAUUCUCAAUCUCAACACGGUAUUUCUUCCCAGUCGGACACGAGCACGUGCAACAGAGUCAAGGUGGAACCGACUAAUUUAGAUGAAAGUCUAGGUUUGGAUGCUCUUCUUUCACUUGCUAGCGGUUUGCCAGAGGCCGACACGGGAGGUAUGAGCAAUUUAGAAAGUGGUAAUACCGGAUGGAUGCACCAGCAAGGAUUUUCUUACGAUAUGGACGUUCAUCAGACAUUCCACAGUACGAGGAAUAAAUUGAAAUUUGGCAAUUUUUAG